GUAGAUCGAACAUGUCACAGGUAGAUCGAACAUGUUGCAGGUAGAUCGAACAUGUUGCAGGUACCGGACAUGCAUUUGUGAAGUAUCAUGUUCUUUCAGCUUUGUGGGUUUAAUCUCCUUCCCACUUGCACUUCGCACUUGGUUCCAUCUUCCAGAACAAAAGCGAAGCUGUGCCACCAUUGGCACAAUCUCUGCCAGUGCUUACUAGCUAGCUAGAUGAACCAUGGUUGUGAUUAAGAGUCCAGCAUCUCCGUAUUACUCUCCCUAUCAUGCAGGUGCUUUGCCCACCAACACCACUAAUAAGAACAGCAAUGGCAUUUCGAAUAUUGGCAUUUUGGUGACGGCCUUUUUGGCCAUUCUGGCCACGGGUGGUCCAACCUACAGUUUUGGUGUCUACGCCGAGACGUUGAAAGCGACAUUUUCCUUGACGCAAUCGGAAUUGGAUACCCUCGGAGCGGCAUCCUUUGCCGCCGGUUUGAUUUCGUGGAUUCCGGGAUUGCUGGUCGAUGCGUGGGGUCCUCGGCAAGCGUUGUUGUGGGGAGGUGCCAUGCAGAGUUUUGGAUUGGCGUGUUAUUGGAUGGCAGCCAAAUGGGGUAACGACGUCAUACUGGAAGCGACGGGCAUGACGAGUAUCAUUCCCAUUUUGUGUGGUUUGUCCAUUCUCAUUUUUACCAGCAACAAUAUGGUCAUUGGUGGUGUUUUCAAAUCCAUUGUCACGAGCUGUGAAUUGGGUACCAAGGGAAAUGCCGUUGGAGCCGCCAAGGCAUAUUUGGGACUGGGAGCUGGAGUCUUUUCCUCCCUCUUUCACGCCAUCAAGACAUCGUCCGAUCUCGAUUUCUUGGCCAUGAGUUCCGUCUGUGCCAUUGUCGCCAUUGUCCUUCCUGCCGCACUUGCAUUGCCCACACAACAACUACUCGACAAAAAGGGAACCAAGGAUGAUUCCACCAAUCAACAUUAUCAUGUCAUUUACGUCGGACUACUCGCACUGUCCAUGGUGGUGGUGGGAAGUAGUGCCUUGACAUUGUUUUCACAUCAAUCCAAUUCCAGUACUACGAAAGGCUUUCAAAUUCCAGAUUGGCUCCAUGGAGUGGUCAUUUUGAGUUUUUGGAUUGGACCCGUUCUGGGCUUGUUUCUGGUACCCACAUCAACCGCACUACAAGAGUCCCAUCGCAAACAGUUUCAACGAUCGCAAUCGUCCAUUCGACGUCGGGUGCGAUCCGCCAUGGAACGAGAUACCAGUGCUGGCACUCUUGCCCAGAAUAAGGGAGAACGCAUGAUGCUCCUUCCUCCUUCCAAUAAUAAUAGCCAAGCAAACAAGAUGGUCUAUCAUGAUGGUGAUAACGAUGAUGGAGAAACAAAUAUUGGUCUUCCCACUACUAGUGACGACAAGCAAGUUAGUUGGCGUCCCGACAAUGAUGACAAACAAAUGAGUUGGCGGGAUGAUGAUGACGACGACGAGUUUUUGGAAACACCCCAACCCAUUCCCGAUCGCACCUUGCCGGAAAUGUUGCAAACACUUCCCGCAUGGCUCUUUUUGGGAGCCAGCACCAUGUUGGUCGGGGCGGGCACCAUGUUGACCAUUAACAUGGGACAACUGGUACAAUCAUCCCUUUCGGCGGAGGACGACCAAACGAAUCCACAACAAACGGCAGCCGCCUGUUUGGCCAUGUUUAGUGUGUCGCAGGCAUUGGCGCGCGUCACAGCCGGAGCCGUCAGUGAAGCGGCACUGCAAUGGAAGACGACACUCUUUGGCAUUCGUCGAGGAGUGCCUCGACCGGCAUUUUUGGUACUCAGUUGUGCCUUUGCCGUCGCGGGACAUGCCAUAAUGGCCAUGACGACGUCCUCCAAUCUACUAUUGUUUGUCUUGGGGAUUGUAUUGACGGGCAUUUCCUUUGGCAUGCUGUGGCCACUCAUGGUCCUGGUCGUGGGUGAUUUAUUUGGCACGGUCAAUCACGGAGCCAACUACAUGUUUGCCGAUGGAUUCACCUGUGCCGUAGGGACUCUUUCCAUUGCCAAAUUCCUGACGCAGUUUGUCUACGAACAACAUAUCGAGGGCGAUGAAACAACCUGCUUUGGAGAAGAAUGCUUUCGCAUCACCCAUGCCAUCAUUUCCGGGCUUUGCCUGAUAUCCAUGUUUGCCUGUGUGGCGCUCUUGUACAUGACGCGAAGUAGCUACGGGACGCUCCUGGACGAAAGGUAGUGGUGUGGCGUAGCGAGCCCUCGUUGGCCACGCACAUUUCUCUGUCGCCACAAUGAUCGUGUUCUAGUACGUGCUAGUCUCUGACCCUGCUCGAGCGUAUGAUGAGACAUCUCGAGUUUGUGAUUGUGUUCAAAACUGUACCAUUUAUUUUAUAGCAUGCACAGUAUAGUUAUCAUGUUGUAUGUACCGGCUGCCAGAGAAUGGGUCGAAGACGGCAUUUGGAAUGUCCGAAAGCCAACGGGAUACCCGGGACCGCUAACUCGUCGAGGCCACUGUUGCAUCGUGGGGACAUCCUCGCCCGCCCUCCACAGCAAAAAACGAACUCGAACAAGCAGCAUUGAAACUUGAAUGGUUCAAUCAAGAAGAGAUGUAUGUGGCAGUGGCAAGAUGAAUCCCUGCUAGCUGUACCACCAAAGGUGUCUACAUUAUAGGAUCCCGAAUUCCCUGCUGUACAGUCUAUUUUGACAUGGCGUUUUCAACAAGCACUCCUCUUUUGUGGUUGCCGUGAUUCGAAUGUUUAAAAAUGUAUCAAUGAAUAUGUAUCCAUGUAUCUUGAGUUCAAUAUUUCCUAAAGACUACAUUUGCACCAGUGACAGCCACAAAGGAGGCCACCACAGUCAAAGUCAAGGCCAAAGGGAUCUUUUGUGGUAGUGUUGUAUUGACCCAAAGCACACAGCUCUUCUGGCACAACCCCUGAGAGAGGAUUUCCACUCAGAGUCAAAAGUUCCAGUGAACCAUUUGAUGCCAACUUAGACAGCUCACUAGGGAUAGAUCCAGAAAGUUGAUUUCCAUGUAGCCGCAAUGCAGUCAUGCUGGUAAGAAGAGCCAGUUCGCUCGGCAGAGCCCCUGAGAAAAAGUUGUCAUAGGCUUCCACAUCUUCGAUCCUCCUGAAGUCUCCAAUCUCAGUUGGCAAGGGUCCACUGAACAAAUUAUUUUGUAGCUUCAGCUUCAGCAUGUUUGUCAUCUGCCAGAAGUCUAUUGGAAUAAAUGAAAGUUGGUUGUCUUGUACAUAGAAGCGCAUAGUAUUCACC